CAACCGACAAACAAAGCGACGGUUCAAUUGUGGGUUAUACUAAGAGUACUAGAAGAGUUUACCACCAUGCUUUGAUUGAAACCAGAAAGAGGGACAAACACUUACGCCUACAUAGAUUCUGUGAUACCCAUUUACUCCGCCUGCCUGCCCGCCCGCCAGCCCGCCCGCCAAGGAAGCUCGUAUGGUGAACACCAAUAUGUGAGGAAACUGUCCAAAACGAUGACUUUGUUUCUAUAAAUUGAAGCUUGCCUUGAUUGAGAGGAAGUUUUCAUUUUUGAUACUACCUAUUAAACAGGAGGGAGAGAGCUGUUUUGUUCCAUUUUCGAGGGGUGACGUUUCAAGUUGGUCCUGUAGAGAACGCCUGCCUUUAGAAUGGAAGUGCUUUCUGUGUGUAGGUAGUAUCAGUUUUGAUUAGUUAAAGGGAUUGAUUGAUCGUCAAGUUGGUACUUUCUCCUUUACCUCAAUUGAGGACAAAAUUACUAGUUUCACCUCAGUUUAGGUAAUCUCUUACAGACUGGCUAACGGAUGUUUCGGGAAGCCAAUCUACAAAGAUUCUCAAAUUAAGAAGUCAUUCGUGUCAGAGGCUCAGAGUUUUAAAAUAAAGGGAAAUAAAAAGAGAUUCUUGAGCACCGGGGGGGGGUUUAAGUCGCAUAAAUAUAUAGUGGCGAUGAAGAGAAGGGUAUUCAUUAGGUGGCAUCACAUAAACGAGAGCUCUAUCUAUACUUUGUAGGCUUCGUUUAAUCCCCUUUGUAAUAACCAGCCGUUGGAAGGCAGGCAGACAGACAUUAGCAUAGCAUAGCAUAUAUCAUAUUUGCUUUGCUUGCUUGUUUGCUUGCUUUGCUUAUCCAUCAAGGAAGAGAGGAAGUGGAGUGAUCGGUGGUCAGGCCUGCUGCCUCUGCCUCUGCCAAAUCUCCUGCUUUGCUUACGUAAAGUAGGGAGGUGAAUUCAAUGCAUCGAACUUCGUGAUCGGAGAACAUUGGUCGAUCUAUAUCUUGCCCAUUUCUCUAAAAUACCAUACAGAUCAAAGCUUCAUGAGUUCCUUAACAACGUCGAUCAUCAUCAUCUAUAAUGCAUUAAAGCUUGCUGCUGCUGCUUCUUGUGGUUCUGCUUGAUCCACCGUUGUAGGCUAGAGUGAGUAGUUGUUGUUCAACGUAUAGGUUGACUAGAAUAAUUUUAAAAAAAAGGUGCAGUCCAAGGUAGAAGAAUCAUGUGUAGGCAACCAAGUUGUGCGAGCGGUGAAGAUGGCUGUGGUGCCUUGCACCUGUGCCAGCAGCCAGCCAUGGCACAACAAGAACUCUUUUUCUUCUCUAUCGAAGAUGGCUACCCUGAUACCCACGAAAAGAAUUGGAAGCAGCAGGAGUUGGAGGAUGACAACGAGCUCAAGCGGUGGCCAACACCUAUCGAGAUUGUUGAAGAAAUGAAAGCAAUAAGCAGAAUUUCGGGGCCCAUGGUGUUGACUGGAUUGCUGCUGUACUCGAGAGCAAUGGUAUCGAUGCUGUUCCUGGGGCGGCUAGGAGAGCUAGAGUUGGCAGGUGGGUCGCUCGCUAUUGGAUUUGCCAACAUAACUGGGUACUCAGUGAUUUCCGGAUUGGCUAUGGGAAUGGAGCCCAUAUGCGGCCAAGCAUACGGAGCCAAACGAUGGAGUCUUCUGGGCAUCACUCUUCAGAGGACAAUACUCAUUCUCCUCUGUGCUUCAGUGCCCAUUGCUUUCCUCUGGCUCAACAUGGAGCGAAUCCUUCUCUGGUGCGGACAAAACGAGCAGAUUACCCAAAUGGCGGGGGUUUACAUAACCUUCUCUCUACCCGACCUGCUAGCCCAAGCGUUUCUCCACCCUCUCAGAAUUUACUUGCGGACGCAGAACAUCACCAUCCCCCUCACGUGCUGUGCAACAGUGGCUGUUCUCUUGCACGUUCCUAUAAAUUUCAUACUGGUGGUGUACCUCAAGAUGGGGAUCAGAGGGGUAGCGAUUGCGGCCGUUUGGACAAAUCUUAACAUUGUUUUUUCACUGUUGGGAUACUUGUGUUUGUCUGGAGUGUACAAAAAGUCGUGGGAGGGAGUCUCCAAGGAGUGCUUGAAGGGAUGGAGGUCAUUACUCAGCCUAGCAAUACCAAGCUGUGUUUCUGUUUGCCUAGAAUGGUGGUGGUACGAGUUGAUGAUCAUUCUCUGCGGAUUGCUGGUGAAUCCCACCGCCACAUUGGCCUCCAUGGGAAUUCUGAUCCAAACAACUGCCUUGGUCUAUAUCUUCCCCUCAUCCUUGAGCCUGGGAGUUUCUACUCGAGUAGGAAACGAGCUCGGAGGCAACAGGCCUGCUAAGGCCCGGAUUGCCAUGAUCGUUGCGCUUUUGUGUGCUGGCGUGUUGGGUUUGCUGGCCAUGACGUUCACAACAACAAUGCGGCACAGAUGGGGCAGAAUGUUUACGCAAGACACGGACAUCCUGCAGCUAACUUCCCUUGCCCUGCCUAUCGUGGGGUUGUGUGAACUGGGCAACUGCCCGCAGACGACAGGGUGCGGGGUUCUUCGAGGAUGUGCAAGGCCCAGCACGGGUGCCAACAUAAACCUGGGCUCAUUCUACUUCGUGGGCAUGCCCGUAGCCAUUCUCAUGAGUUUCGUAUUCAACACGGGAUUCACGGGUCUCUGGCUCGGUCUUCUGGCAGCGCAGGCCUCUUGCGCCGCCCUCAUGCUCUACGUGUUGCUCUCCACCGACUGGAUUCUGCAAGCUCAGAGGGCUAAAGACCUCACUGGCGCACAUCAGAUGGAACACGAAUCCUUCAAGUUUCAAGAAACCUGCCACAAAGCAGCUCACGACAACCACGCUUCUGCCACUGCCCCUGCCCUUGCCCUUGCCCCUGCCACUGCCCCUGCCCCUGCCCCUGCCCAUGCCCUGCUCAACUUGCACGACGACUGCUCCUACUCCGACUGCUCCGACUCACACCCUCUCAUUACAGUCCAAAUUGCGAAACCCGAAGAGACAAAAUUGUGCUCAGAAAGCCACUUCUGAACUGCAUUCUUGGGAACACACGCUGCUGACUGCCAUGCAUGUGCACUUGCACUGGAUCAUUGUAAUAUCAUAUUGUUUUUGGGACAAGAGAGGUGGAAGGAAGGUUCAAGGAACUAUAUGCAACAUUUAACUAAUUCAUUUAUCACCAUGUUUUUGUGCUGCCAACAUGGGAGGUAGAGGUAGAGGUAGAGGUAGAGGUAGAGGUAGUGGUAGUGGUAGUAUAUCAUAUCUGCUGCAUCUGAGAUGGGCUUGGCUUGGCUUGGCUUCUCCACUAAACUAGCUCACUGUAAAGACGUAUAAUCUAAUACUCAAUACCGACACAGUUCCUAAAAUCUUGCAA